AUCGAGUCGGAAGCUCUGUUGUCCCACCUUGCCUUCCCCAUGGAUGCACUGCAGCUGGCCAUGCGGACAUCCCUGGAAGAUCUGAAGGAGAAGAUCGAGUGGCUCACGGCCACCAAGCCGUGGAAGAAGACCCAUUUCUGGUGUGUGGUGGCCAUCGUCCUCUUAAGUCUUCUGUUGGUGGCUAUGUUCCUUUUGGAUCAACCGCAGGCGGUUUUGGAGCCGGACAUCGAAUGCGACCGAGCCCAACUGCUGGCCGAGGUGGCAUCUCUCAAGGAACAACUGGGAGCCGUGAGGAAGGAGAUGGAGGGAGAGAAAAUGGAGAGCGACAGGCAACUGGAUGCUACAAACCGGACCCUGAGGAAGACCAAGCUGGCUUUGGAGAAAGCGACUAAGGCCAGAGAUGGUCUGCAGGCCCAGCUGGCGGCCGCCAACCAGAGCUUCGUUGAGACGCAAGAGCGCUGGAAGUCCUGCCAGGCGCAACUGGACAGCACGAAAGGAAAAACCACGUCUCUGGAGAAGGAACGGAACAGUCUAAAGCAGGAGAACCAGAGGCUCCGAGGGGAAAUUGACGGCCUUAGGCAGCAGCUGUCCAGUCGGGAAAGAGAGUUGGAGAAUGAAAGGUGGAAUAACCAGCAACGGGUCCAAAACUGGAUGCCGGCGGAACAGCGGAACUACCAGCAGCAGGAAGUUGCCUUUGACAUAACCAAGAGCCCCUGGCUCGAAAUUGCUGCGAUUCUCCUCCUCCUCUUCCUGAUCUACAGGUUCUGCCUAUGCCAGUACGAUUUGGCGGCCUGGCUUUUUACGGGACACGGUUGCUGUGUUGCAGCGUAA